GUAAAAUUCGAUUAUAUUUCGUUCGAAUUAGCAAGAAUGUGGUAUGCAGCGAAAGUUGUUACUUCUCAACAUGGCUUCGUAUGUGCGGUUGGGAUUACUGUUCUUAUUAGUCUGUUCUCCACUCUUUGUGAAUGCAGUAAAUAGAGACACGUUCAAAACAUGUGAUCAAAGCAGCUUCUGCAGACGCUGCAGAAAAGUUGAACCUGGAAAAUCACCGUAUCAACUAUUAAUAGAUACAGUUACAUCUAAUGAAUAUAGUGUAACUGCAGACUUGUUUAACAAGGAUACAGGUGUUCUUUAUGUACUGCAGCUAACUGCAUUAAAGGACAAUACAUUUAGGCUCCACAUCAAUGAAAAGAAUCUGUUACACCCAAGAUACCAGCCUGAAAAUGCACUUCAGGAUCAGCCUCAAACAGCCGAACUAACUUUGGUUGAGAAAACUGUGGAUCACGUGACCGUAAAGAGUGGAGCAAAUAAAGUUAUAUUAUAUGCUUCGCCGUUUAGGGUAGACUUGUAUUCUCAAGAUGUGCUAGUUGUAUCUGCAAAUGCUAGGGGUCUCAUGAGAUUCGAGCAUCAUCGUGCAAAGCCUAAUAAACCGGAACAAGAGGAAAAUGCAGAAAAUGUUGAAAAUACAAACACCAGUCAAUUCCCGGGCGACGGAGCAGAAGAUGAUCCUGGUGCAUGGGAGGAGAACUUCAAGACCCAUCACGACUCGAAACCUUUUGGCCCGGAAGCGAUAGCAUUGGAUUUCAGCUUCCCUGGAGCGGAACAUGCAUAUGGUAUACCGGAGCAUGCUGAUUCUUUCGCAUUAAAAUCAACAAAACAAGCUCAUCCGUACAGAUUGUACAACUUGGAUGUGUUCGAAUAUGAAGUCAAUGAAAGAAUGGCAAUUUAUGGAGCAAUACCUGUUCUCUAUGCUCAUGGCAAAGAAAGGACAACCGGCGUGUUUUGGCACAACGCUGCGGAAACGUGGGUCGACAUUUUGUCAAGCGCUGAUAAUAAUGUCGUAGAAAGCAUUGUAAAUUAUGUAUCCGGCUCUGUCAAACAGUCUCAAGUUGAUGCUCACUUCAUGUCUGAGAAUGGUGUUCUGGAUGCAUUCUUCUUGUUGGGCCCUCGACCUUUGGAUGUCUUCAGACAAUACACCACUCUCACGGGCACUGCACCUUUGCCGCAAAUGUUCACGUUGGGCUAUCAUCAGAGUCGUUGGAAUUACAAUGAUCAAGACGAUGUCAUGCAAAUAGCAGACAAUUUUGAUACCCACGAUUUACCAUUGGAUUCUAUGUGGCUGGAUAUCGAAUACACCGACAGCAAGAGGUACUUCACUUGGGACGCACGCAAAUUUCCUAAUCCUAUUGAAAUGAUUCACAAUUUGACUGCAAAGGGUAGAAAACUGAUAGUCAUCAUUGAUCCGCAUAUCAAACGCGAUUCAAACUAUUUCAUUCACAAUGACGCUACCAAAAUGGGAUAUUAUGUGAAGACAAAAGAUGGAAAGGAUUACGAAGGUUGGUGCUGGCCAGGAUCGUCUUCGUACUUGGAUUUCUUCGACCCAAAAGUGCAGGAAUACUGCAUAAGUCAGUACAGCUUAGAUAAAUUCCAUGGAACUACCAACGACGUGUACAUUUGGAACGACAUGAACGAGCCAAGCGUAUUCAAUGGUCCCGAAAUUACUAUGCCCAAAGACCUUGUGCAUUAUGGUGGCUGGGAGCAUAGAAGUCUCCACAACAUCAAUGGACUUCGCAUACACAUGACUACAUACGAUGCUUUGUUCAAAAGAUCUGGGGGCACCCUACGACCAUUUAUAUUAACAAGAUCAUUUUUCGCUGGGUCACAACGUUACGCGGCCAUGUGGACUGGUGACAACACGGGCGAUUGGGACCAUUAUCGUAUAACCUACCCAAUGUGUCUCAGUAUGGCCGUCGCUGGGAUGUCGUUCUGUGGAGCAGAUGUUGCAGGUUUCUUCAAGAACCCAGAUUCAGAAUUGUUCAUCAGGUGGAAUCAGGCUGGAGCUUGGCUUCCCUUCUUCCGUCAACAUUCUCACAUUGAGACCAAGCGUCGUGAGCCAUGGACAUUCAACCAGGAAACUCUCCAAAUUGUCAGAGAGGCAUUCAGAAUGAGGUACUCGUACUUACCGUUAUGGUACACGCUCUUCCGAGAACACGAAAUAAACGGCACUCCAGUUAUACGACCCUUAUGGGCACACUAUCCCACUGAAAUAGAUACGUAUACUAUCGAUGAUGAAGUACUCGUUGGAGACUCUAUUCUCGUACAUCCAGUCUUUCAACCAUCCGUUACCGAUGUUAACGUAUAUUUCCCUGGCGAGGGAAGAAUUACUUGGUACGACGUUGACACCAUGCAGCCCUAUCGCCAGGCAGGAUCCGUUACCAUCCCUGUGACCCUUCAUAAGAUUCCGGUAUUCCAACGAGGCGGGUCUAUAGUUCCACGCAAAAUGAGAAUACGUCGCAGCACGGUCCCGAUGAAGAACGAUCCAUACACUUUGAUAGUCAUCGCCGAUUCUGAUGGCAAAGCUAACGGGACGCUGUACAUUGAUGACGAGUCUAGCUUUGAAUAUCGCCAUGGAAAAUAUCUAUAUUUGAAACUCAGUUUAGACGGAAAUAAAUUAACGUCGACAUUUAUAGAUAAAUUAGCUUCGUAUGUAACGGGAAGCUGGUUGGAAAGGGUGGACAUUGCGAAUCCACCUCGCGGAGUCACUUCGGCUGUGUUAACAUCACGCUCUCUAAAAAAAGUUACUUUGGAAGCCAAAUACAAUCCAAAUAAUAACGUAUUAACCGUACGUAAGCCAGGUGUAAAUAUGGGAGAAGAAUGGACAAUCGAAUUAAUUUCCUAAAGUCACAGAUUUAUUCAUCGUAAUCUUAGUUAUUAUACAAUAAUGCCAGUUUUCUUUUUAUCCGCGCAUUUUUUUCAGCUGUCUGUGAUCAAGGGGACAUUGUAUACUAUAAUGGAGCAAAUACAACUUAGAGAUAUUAUGUAAACAGCAUACUUAUAUUACUUUAGCGAAUUAAAAAGAUCUUUUCUGUUUAAUCGAGUGGUUGGCAUGAACAAAAAUCAUUAUACAACCGCUAAAGCUUAUAAUCAUAAACGUCAUCUUUGAUAAAAUAACUAAAUGUAUUAGAAAUAGAAGCGUCAUAAACAUGUUUCUAAAAAAAUA